AUGAUCGAAAAUAAUUAUUUUUUAGCUAGGUCAUCAGUUAGCCACUUGUACUCCAGAUGGUUGUUCGGCUAAGGACCUGGUGGAAAUUGGAAAAGUUAUGUAUCCAAAUGUUCCUCUACUAUUCAUCGAUAACUUCUGUACAACCAUUGAGACAGGCCAAGAAUUCAACACUGGAAAUAUAAUCAUGAUUAUUAUUUUCGCUCUGCUACUAUUGGUCAUGAUACUGAGUACAACGUAUGAUGUUUACCUAUAUAAAAAUGAAAUUGAAUGUUCCAACACGUUACUCUUGGCCUUUUCCGUUUUCACUAAUGGAAGAAAACUCCUGAAGACGACCGUUUACUCAAAAGAUCACGUCCAAAUAUUUGAUGGAAUGAAAGUAAUAAGUAUAAUGUGGAUUAUUGCUGGGCAUGGAAUAGGGUCGUUUAUUGGUGGUUUACUAACGCCCAUGAAUAAAGAAAAAAUAGAUACUAUUCACACCAAAAUAUAUUCAGGAUACCUUGACGCUGCUCAUGUAUGUGUUGAUACAUUUAUCUUCAUCAGUGGAUUUCUGGUGGCCUAUCAAUACUUCAAAGGAAAAACGCCUUCAUUACAUACUCAGAUAAAAAAAGUUCCAUAUUUUUAUUUUCACCGUUAUCUGAGGAUUACGCCAGCAGUAUUGAUGAUGUAUCUGUCAGUUUUGUUCAUCUUGCCAAAAACGGGCUCAGGGCCAUACUGGCAUCCUGCUAUCGAACAGGAAUUAGUUCCUUGCAAGAAAUAUUGGUGGUCAUAUAUUUUGUACAUACAGAAUUACGUGAACUGGGAUGAAUUGUGUCUAGUGCCGCACUGGUAUUUGUCUGUAGAUUUACAAAUGUAUAUAAUAUCACCACUGCUCUUGAUUCCCGUAUCUCUCAUAUUGAAAAAAUCCAAUGGAUUCACAUAUUCGAUGGUAAUGUUGUUAAUUUUGAAUGUAGCAUUCAUUAUUCAGCCAAUAAUACAGUGGAUAGUUUUUCCGGAAUUCAAAAAUUCCAUGGCCACUCAUUUGAGGCUGACUGAUUUUUAUAUUGGUUUUAUGAUGGGAGUUUAUAUGAGACAGAAGAAGGACCAACCAUUUCUGAGCAUAGUUAAGAAGAAAUACCAUUCUAGAGUUAAUCUGAUAGUUUGGUUCCUGGUGCUAGUAGAAAUGUUCACCGUUUUAUUUUUCUAUCAGGAUGCUGAAGUGAACCAAGGUCCAAUACAAAGAGCUUUUUACUUUGGUUUAUCUAGGCCCGCAUGGUGUAUUGGACUCUGUUGGAUAAUUUACUCAUCAUAUCAUGGAUACGGGGGAUUCGUCCAUUGGUUCCUUACAAGGUCCAUAUUCCAAAUAGGUGCCAAACUGAGCUAUUGCAUGUAUGUUGUACAUUUCACUGUUAUCGCUCAUUAUACCUUGAGUAAUCGAAUGAAGUGGUAUUUCAGUGACUACAUAGAGUUUUACCUGUGGUGCGGUUACUUCAUAGAAACAUUACUUUGGGCAACAUUCUGGACUUUAGCUUUCGAAUCUCCUAUCAUUACGAUUGAAAAGUACGUUUUCGGACGAGAGAAACCAAAAGGUCAUCAUCAAAAUGGUACCAUCGAAAACAAAUGAAGUAAAUGUCCCAAAAUGAUUCGUAAUACUUAAUAAAGAAAGCACAGAUUUCUAUUCAAUUUCAAGUACUUUUAGAGUUACUAAAUUUUAUACCCUGUGAGUUGUAAACAAAGUUGUGAUUAGGAAAAUAUUAUCUGAUGAAAAUAAUCAAUUCUGCUUCAAAAAA